CGAUUCGAUAAAACUUUAUUCCAUUUUUAUUUUAUUUUCUGCCAAAACUUUACCAUUCAACACUAGCAAUGGCUUACAACAAGGCUGCCAAUGCUGCAUUCGCUUGGCUCGGGCUCAUAUUCUGGAGCUUUCAACUAGCACCACAAGCCUGGCAAAACUACCGCCGCAAAUCAACCCUGGGCGUCUCGGCCACUAUGCUCUACUUUUGGUACUUUGGAGGCAUGCUUUACGGCGCGUUUGCCGUGGCCAAGGACUUGUAUAUCGGCCUUAUCAUCCAGCCUCAGCUGCUGUCAUUCUUUGCAUUGAUAAACAUUCUGCAGAUAUACUGGUACCGCUACAAAUUUAGCAAGGUCAAGGUCGCCUUGAUAUGCGUUUUUCUGUGUGCCGCUUACGCCGGCUUGCACGUCGGGAUGUGGAAGGCCACUGAGAAGGCGAUAGACAGAGGGCAGGAGGGCGCUGUCACCUUUUUGGGCGUGCUUCCGGCAAUCAUUAUUGCGAUCGGCUUCUUUCCUGAGUUUUACGAGUGCUUCAAGGAGCAGUCUGUCGAGAUGAGCAACUUAUUCAUCAUGCUUGACAUCAUGGGCGGAAUCUUCAGCACAAUCAGUUUGGCGUUCGACUACACAUUCGACUACAUCGCGUCGAUUACAUAUCUCAUUGUCAUACUUCUUGACUUUGUGCUCGCGGCAAUGAAGGUUUACUAUUAUAUGAGGGGCACGCAGGGGGCUGGGCACAAGGCAGAGAAGGCCAACCGGUCUGCCGAAAAGGGGGCCAGCAUUGCCAGCAAACGCAGUAUUCAAAAGGAGCUGGCCUCAAAGGGCCUGGAGGAAUGCUGAGCAGCCUCUGUUAUUUUAUAUAUAUAUAUAUUUUUUAAAUUUAUUGACCAAAAUGUUCACAAAUAGAGCCCCAAGUACACGAC